CAGCAGCCAGUGCAGGUACACAUCACUGCACACUCUUGCUCAACCAACACACCAGGAUUAGAACCACACGUUUGACGCUCCUCUAUAUAGAACCUGUGUAGUUCUAUUGCUUUCACACGCCUAAGCUCUACAUACGGGACUCUACGCCGCCUUAGUUGACCUCAAUUGACAUCUUGACCUGGACCUUCAAACGAGCCUCAGGUUUGGAGGCCAGAGUGGCGCCAUUUCUUAGUAACCGCUGGAGAACUCAACCCACACUGCCUGACUCCUGGGUGCCGACCCCUGGCACUAUGAGACGUACAUCAGGGGCCAGAUGACCAUGGCCUCUCUCUAAACCUCAGAAAUGACAUCGCAUUUGACGUAAUUUCCCCAGACUUUAUACAUGACAGUGGGGAAUGGUCAACGAAGGUCCAGCUGGUGGGAUCGCAAGCGCUCAUCGCGGGCCGAAGUCUUCUGGCGCCAACGCACAGACCAUCGCUCAAGACCACACCAUGGGCAGCCUGCAGGAGCCCAGGAAGGAGGACGCAGUGGUGGUGGACAAGCCGGGGCCCCACGAUAACUACUCCUGCUAUCGCCUCCAGGCUGCUGCCGCCGCCUCCGGCACCAUCACUCCACCUACUGGCAGGGGCCUCUACGGCGUCGUCAGGGAGGCCUGUGCCCAGCAGAACGUCAAAUGGCCCGUAGAGUGUCAGGUUAUCGAGGACAAGGUCCACCACAUCGAGGACUGGCCGGUGUAUCCCGAACCCUUCUACGAGCCCACGGGCGCGGAGCUCCGGCCCCAGCCUGUAGGGGACGAGCUGGGACGAGUCGUCUACCAUUACUACCCAACCAGCUCCGUCAACUAUUUCUCUCGCUCGUGCGUUGGAGGCAAUAAAUAUCUGAACGACGAGGUGCGGCCGCCGUUGGAGGACGAGACGGACACCACCCUGCAGUUCGAGUCCCGCUUCGAGUGUGGCAAUUUGGGGAAGGCUGUGCAGGUGUCCGAGUGUUACUACGAGCUACACCUGCGGGCGGACAUGUACACCUCGAGACACACCCAAUGGUUCUACUUCGCCGUCUCCAACACUCGCAAGGACAUCACCUACAGGUUUUCCAUCGUGAACCUGACGAAGGGAGACAGCCUGUACAACCACGGGAUGAGGCCGCUGAUGUACUCCAGCAGGGAGGCUGAGCAGCAUGGGGUGGGCUGGCGGCGAUGUGCUAAUAACAUCAUUUACUUCAAGAACCACGACAGCAGCGACAAUGCGUGCUACGACAGUGAUGACGAGGGCGAGGAUGACGCCCCGUCGUACACCCUCACCUUCAACGUCACCUUUCCCCACGACAACGACACUGUUUACAUCGCCCACUGCUACCCCUACAGCUACUCCGACCUCCAGGAACACCUCUUGUACUUCCAGAACGACCCCUUCAAGGCGAGCGUGUGUCGUCAGCGAGUGCUGUGUCGCUCUCUGGCGGGUAACCCGGUCUACCUCCUCACCAUCACCAGCCACGAGCCCGAGGAAGACGGCAAGAAGAAGCGGGCGGUGGUGCUGACGGGCCGGGUUCACCCUGGCGAGACACCCUCCUCCUGGAUCAUGAAGGGUGUGAUUGACUUCCUCACUGCUGACAACCCCAAGGCUCACGAGUUACGGAGCCAGUUCAUCUUCAAGGUGAUCCCCAUGCUGAACCCCGACGGCGUGAUCGUCGGCAACCACCGGUGCUCCCUCGUCGGCCGAGACCUCAACCGACAGUACAAGAUGGUCGUCAAGGAGAUGUUCCCAGCCAUCUGGCACACUAAGGCCAUGGUCAGGAGGCUGAUGGACGAGCACGGGGUGGUCAUGUACGGGGACUUCCACGCCCACUCCCGCAAGCACAACAUCUUCCUCUACGGCUGUGAGAACCGCCGUAACCAGGACAACCACCUCCGGGAGCAGAUCUUCCCGCUCCUCCUCCACUACAACGGCGGGGACAAGUUCAGUUUCCGGAGUUGCAAGUUCAAGGUCCAUCGCUGCAAGGAGGGGACGGCCCGGGUAGUGGUGUGGAUGAUGGGCGUCCUCCAUUCCUACACCAUGGAGGCGUCCUUCGGCGGGGUGUCAGAGGGUCCUCGGGCCGGCACCCACUACAACAUCCACGACUUCGUCUCCAUGGGCCGCCAGUUCUGUGAGACGCUCUUCGAGUACUUCGAUCCUCAGCCCAUCAAGGAGAAACUGAGGAACAAGUUGUGGUCAAGACUCAUCAAGAAGGGCUCCAACGCUGACGAACCGGCCUCCAUUGACUUCAGCGAGAGUGACUCAAGCAGCGGCGACUCCGACAGACACGCGACGCCGGUGAGGCUGAGGAAGAAGAAGGUGCUGAGGAACACCAGGAGGAAGGCGGGAGGCGGCGGCGGGAGGAGCAGCGUGGUGCAAGUGGUCGAGAAGGUCACCACGCAGAUGAGAAUGGAUAAGUGUGAGCGGCGGAGCAAGACUUUGCAGCAUAGUCGGUCGGGAUCGUCUGGGUCGCCGGUGACCAGCUGUCGUGAGCCCGCUGUGAGUGGGAGACUCUGUGGUGAAGCUGCGUCGGGCGAUUCACCGCUCCACGACUCAGCCUUCCGCCCUCCGCCAGACGCCAGACCCUGCCUUAAAAAAUUACUGGAGCGAUCGCCAGCCUCCAGCAGCGCGCUUGACCUGAGCUCAGGACGCACAAGCCUUAGACCAACCCAGUACAAGCUUGAGGAAGCUUUGCCCACCCCCUGCUCAGCCCCCCCUCUCCGCAGGUCCAGCCAUAGCCUCAUCCGCCCCCCACUCCACCCCUCCUCAGCCACCAGGGAGAGGAGCACCUCCCCCGCCCCUCCAGAGAGACCCUCCACUGGCUCUGUGAACGAGACCUUAGCAUACAGACUCUACAGCAACAGACACAGGGAUGCCAGCCAUAGUGAUGGGUGUGAGGCCGACGGGCUACGGGAUCAUCAGGAUCAGCGAGCGUACCUGGACGGGGCGACGAAGAGCUACAUGGAGAGAAUGGGAGAGCUGAUGGCCUCCAGACUCGCUGUUAGUGACACAGAAGAAGGCAGCGUGAGUAACUUCUGGGAGACAGACCCACCGACCAGACUCUUCCUUCCAUCACCAAGCAUCAGGAGACUGGAGGCGCUGGAGCCCGUGGUGGCCAAAACCCGCCUACACGACCCUCGCCGUCCAGUCAGACCCGCCCGCCCGCCUCCAGCCCUGUACUCGUCCGUCCGCACCGCCCACGGUGUACACCGCGGUGCCCCCCACCUCCACCGGACCCCCUUCAACCGCAGAGACAAACAUGGCGAUCAGGUUAAAAGUAAGAGAAAAGAUAAAGACGAGGAAAAGUCGCUUCAUUAUCUUCAGGAAGACCGAACAAAAGACAACAGGCACCUACAAUAUUACGACUCAAGAAGUUCGUAUAAUGGAUACGACAAUGACAACUUGUUAUGGGUGAGAAAGCCCGGUGGAGACGCCCUUGACUUCCUAACAGACUCGCUGCAUAAUGGAAAUCUCGGUUACCACCGCUACUCGUCCCAGCCAACCCAGCUGGACAUGGGCCCCUGUGAUGAUCUCCUUGUGUCUGGCGAGGAGGUGGUCUUGAGGCUGUCGGUGCCCCAGACGCCCAAGACGACGUCGGCAACGGGUUCAAGAUCCGGGGACGAGGCGUUGAGAACACUGGCACCGCGCAGAGACAGCACCCGCCGCCACAGCAGGAGGGGCAGCGCCACCAGGUCCUCCGUCGUUACCGCCGCCACCAAGGACGUAGACGAAGAGCAGCUAUGUGCAGAUAUCGCCACCUGCGACACGCUCUUCCUGGACACCUCUGCUCAAGAGACUCCAGAACUUAUAGCCGCUAGGAACCUCAAAUGUAAAGUGAAGAAAAAGAAAUCCGUCAAGACGUCUAUGGGAAGCAGAGAGACGGAAAAGAGGAAAGACGACAAACAGAGCGAAAAUAACGAAGUCAAGCAAGAUGAAGGUGAGAAAAGUUUUAAAGUGGACUAUGACAAUGAGAAGGAGGUGUCAGAGUGUACACAGUCUGAAGGUAAGGUGAAAAAGAAGAUUAAAAUCGUCAUUGGCAAAAAGACUAAGACGAAAGCGAAUAAGAAAAGUUUAUCAGAAAAGGAUUCAUAACGCCUUGAGUGUAUAAAGCAUAACAUCAGGGAACAAAUAUUAGUGUGAUGUCAGUCAUCGAUACGCUGAUCAUUUUUAUACCUUUUCAUGAUUAACAGGUUUGUUGUUUGAUAAGUUAUUCAGAAAUGCACAUUUUAGGCAGCAGUCACCACAAGGCAAUCUGAACACUAGUUUCGAAAGUAUUUUCCAAUUUCAGUGACUGAGUUUAAAGUAUUGUAAACACACACAUUGUGGCCGUUUGUCUCUUGGUGUAAACUGCUCUCUAACCCGUCCGUUUUCUCCAGCUGCCAAUGUAAACUGUUUUGCCUAACCAGUUUACGUACAACUCCGAGCAGUCCCAUCUAACUUAUCGAAGCCAAUGCAUAGAAAACUCCUGACUCAACCUUGACGGCUGCCGGACGACAAUGACACCUGCUCCUCCUCUCGGGGCCGCCAGAACACGUGACGAUUUUACCCUCUGGGUCUAGAUACUGCCGUCAGACAUUCCUAUACAACGGUACGGAUUGUUACAAUGCCUGGCACACUUAUCGGCCGGAGUCACAGGGACGCUGAUAUAUGUUUUUCCGUUUCUGACUGGUUCUUCGGGCGGGGCGACGGUGUCCGGCGCCUUUUGGUGGGCUCCUGGCGUGUCCUCAGGGCGUGGUGGGUUCCUGGUGUGCCCUCAAGGGCGUAGUGGGCUCCUGGUGCCCUCAGGGCGUGGUGGGCUCCUAGUUUGUCCUCGGUGUGUGGUGGGCGGCUGGCCCACUGGAAGAUGUUUUCGCCCUUUAGGUACGAGUUCAUAAGGAGCCAUGUUUUCUCUCGACUUUGUUUGGCUACCCAGUGUUCUCAGUGUGGGAAGGGGGCGGGCGCCAGUGCUUACCGCCCUGAGAGACUCCUGGGAGGCCAUCAUCUGCUACCAUUGUGUGUGUUCACCACAAGGCGCGUCUGUUUCCGCUGACAAGCGACGUUAACGAAGCCAUAAGGCUUUGCAAUUUUACCCUUCACGGGAACGCCGAUACACAUCCGGCACCACUGCUGUCAAUCCUAAAUCAACAACAACAAUCGAAAACGUGAAUAUUACUGGGCUGUCAUCUUGAGUAUUGCGACGUAUUAGGACGGGUUGCUCGACUGCGUCACCUGAAGCGCAUUGGUGAAUGCUGUUGGUUCACUAGUCGUUGGUCCUGGAUUCCAAUUCCGUGACAAAUCCUGUUUCCCACAACGUGACAGAUCCUGUCUUCUACCACGUUACGUCCUGUCUCUGAAACGACCCAUGCUCACACUUGGACCAAGCAAGCGUUGUCACGUAGCAUUUUUCACAUUUUUUUACAUUAAAACAAAUAUUUGUUAUAACAGCUACGAAACCCUCGCAUCUGGGACUGCCAGUUGUGCGACUCUUAGUGUCAUGGAAGGAGUGUAGUGUGUUUAUAUUGUACUAUACACUUGAAAUAAACUGAAAUUAUUAGAAA